AUGCUAUGGAAAAGGCUCGCGCCACCCUUGUCAUCAUUCGCUCGACAAGGCUUAUCGAGACCUGUUAGACCUCAUGGGCGAAUUCUGCAAUACACAGGCAAGAGGUUCAACUCGAAUCCUCAAAACACUGGCAAGUAUAGCCCGGAUCCUGCCGAACAAAAUGAGGAAGAGGAUCAGGGACGAGGCCAGAAAAAUGAUUCGGAGCCCAAUGUGAAAUCUACAAUCCUCAAGAUGCUUGAGACUGCAGCAACUACAGCAGCAUCGAUUUUCAUCCUAGGUGCGGCUGGUUAUUCAUACCACCGGUACUACAAAUACUUGGUCCUGGACAAAAUGGACAAUGCGUUCAACCCAGGUGAUCCUGCUCUUGAGAUGGCGGGUGUUGUGUCUGGCAAGCAUGAAUAUCACCACCAAGAGCACUGGAUCCCCAGGGAUGAGCAACCUCGGAUUGACGACAUUGUUGCCGGGAAACGAGCGGGCCACUACUAUCUGAUGGUCGGUGAGAAAGGCACUGGAAAGACGUCGAUGCUCCUUGAAGCUAUGCGCAAAAUCAAUGGCACUGGCGUCGCUAUGUUUGAGGCGCAUGCUGAUCUGGAGAUCUUCCGCAUUCGACUUGGCAAGGCACUUGAUUACGAGUUCCACGAGGACUACAUUGGCAGCUUGUUCAGUAUCCGUGGUCCGCGGGACACCACCGCACUUCUAGAUAUCGAGCGGGCCUUCAACAAGAUGGAAAAGGUCGCGUUAGCCAGGAGAGCCUCGCACGGGCGACCAUUGGUUCUAAUCAUCAAUAGCACCCAUUUGGUGCGCGAUGACCAUGACGGGCAGGACUUGCUAGAGAUGAUACAGCAGCGGGCUGAACAAUGGGCUGCAAGUGGCCUAGUCACAACUAUCCUCAACAGUGACGACUACUGGGUAUAUGAACGCCUGAAGCGCUAUGCUACCCGCAUGGAGGUUGUUUCAGUUACAGAUUUGCCUAAGCAGAAGGCGAUGGAUGCUCUGAGGAGAUAUCGUAGACAGUUUUGCCACGAAGACCUUCCAUCCUCGGUUCUCGAGCAUGUCUACGAUACGGUGGGUGGUCGGCUUUCCUUCUUGAAUCGAGUAGCCAAAUCCUCCGACAUCUUGAAAACCUGCGAUGAGAUCUGUCGGGCCGAGAAGGUAUGGUUCCUCAACAAGUGUUGGAUUUUAGGUAAGGAGAUGGACGACGAUGUCAUGGAUGAACAGAAGUAUUCCUCUGCCGCAAUGGUCUUGGCCAAAGCCCUUGUCGAUCUUGAAAAUGAAAUGGAAGAGACCUACCACCCCGAGAAUGGUCAUAUCUUGCCUGAGGUUGAGCUACAUAAAGCUCGCGAAAUUAUGACCCGCGCCGACUUCAUGCAAUCCUACGAUCACGAAAAUAUCUUCACCAUUAAUUCGCGAGCCAUGGUGCGUGCCGACUCCGUUCCGAUGCAGCGUGCAUUCCGAGAGAUCUGUGCCAUCGAAAACUUCGACCAGCACCUCGAAGGCACUCUGGAGCGCAUUGGCGACAUUGAAUCUCUCGGCCGUACUCGUGAGCUGACCAUCAAGGACCUCUGGGACCAAGGCAAGUACCGAGUCGUCGUGAAGGACACCAGGGGCAAUGAGAGUGGUACUGUAGAGUUCUCCGUGGCAGAGCGCAAGGAAGACUAG